UUGCCCUUAGUGCCGCUAUCCGUCCUCCCCGUGCCCCCCUUUGCCCUUAGUGCCGCUAUCCGUCCUCCCCGUGCCCCCCUUUGCCCUUAGUGCCGCUAUCCGUCCUCCCCGUGCCCCUCUUUGCCCUUAGUGCCGCUAUCCAUCCUCACCGUGCCCGCCUUUCCCCCCGGUGCCACCAUGCCGGGCCCGCCCUGCGGGUCCCUGCUCGACUACAAGACUGCCAAGUUCUCGCUGACGCGGAACCGGCGGGUGGGGCUGUUGCACCGGCUGCUGCAGCUGAGCGCGCUUGGCUACAUGCUGGGGUAGGGACCCUGCCCUCGGGCUGGCCGCUCCCCCCCCCCGCACAUCCGCAGGUGGGUGCUGCUGCUGCGCAAGGGGUACCAGGAGCGCGACACAGCCCCGCGUGUCGCCGUGGUCACGAAGGUGAAGGGGGCGGCGGUCGCCGAGGCCGCGGGCCGGCGGCUCUGGGACGCUGCGGAUCUCACCUGGCCCCCGCAGGGAGAAAAUGUGCUUUUCCUGGUGACGCAUUUCAUUGCCACAAUCCAGCAAGCCCAAGGCACCUGCCCCGAGAGUCCCUCUGUCCUCGAUGGGAUAUGCACAGAAGAUGCAGAUUGUCCCACGGGAAACCCUGUCGUUCAUGGCAAUGGGAUAAAAACUGGGAAAUGUUUGAUGUUCAAUGCCACUCAUUCCACCUGUGAGAUCUAUGGCUGGUGUCCUGUGGAGAAUAGCACCCAGCCCAGGAAACCUCUUCUGGCUGAGGCAGAGAAUUUCACUCUUUUUAUAAAAAAUACUGUCCACUUCACCAAAUUUAACUUCUCCAAGUGCAACACCUUACAAACCAGUGACCCCAGCUAUUUCAAGAGCUGCACAUAUGAUCCAAUCUUCAACCCCUCCUGCCCUGUGUUCCGUGUCCGUGACAUGGUGGAGGCAGCUGGAGAGAACUUUGGAGACCUCGCGCUGCUGGGGGGAAGCAUCAGAGUUCUUAUCGAGUGGAACUGCGACCUGGACCACCCUGCUACCCAGUGCCAGCCACACUAUUCCUUCAGCCUGCAGGACAUGAGGUACAAUUUCAGAACUGCCUCCUACUACUGGGGCUCGCAGCAGCAGCUCUACCGGAACCUGCUGAAGCUCUACGGGAUCCGCUUUGACCUCUCCGUGCACGGCCAGGCUGGGAAGUUCAGCAUUGUUCCUACUGCCGUGAGCUUUGGCACCAGCAUCGCCUUCUUUGGUGCUGCUACAAUGGUCUGUGACCUGGUUCUGCUCUACCUUGAUGCGAAGGCUGACCUUUACUGGAAGGAGAAGUUUGAGGAGGCAAAACCUCCUAAAGGUAAGCCUAAGGCCACAGCUUAGGGGCGUCGGGAAUACUCCACCACAAACACCCUUCCCUGCAGAGCCACCUGCAGGUAGACACGAUGGGGACACGGCUGCAGCCCUGGUGGAGGAGGGCUGGUGGUGGCCCAGGUGGGCACUGCUGGGGUUAGGGCCUGCCUUUCCUGCAGAAGCACUGGCAGCAGCAGCAGCAGUUUUGGCUCCUGGAGCACAAAGCCAUGCCAGGGGCAGCUCCCAGCACUGAGAGCCGGUGCUGGAGCAGAGCUGCCCACAGAGCUCCCCCAGAGGGUGCUGGGGAGCAGCUGCUCCUGCUUGGCACA